AUGAAGGUGGUCUUCUUCUCCACUGUGAUUCUCGUUCACACGGUGUUAGCCGGUGGUGGCGGAAGCUAUGUUAAAGCUCCAGGAGGAGCUGGAGGUGGAGGCAAUGGCGGAUACGCUUCCGCUGCUGCACCUCCAGCGCCAUAUGCUUCGACCGGUGCGAGUGGAGGAUCGGGAGGAGGCGGUGGUGGAUAUGCUGGAGGAGCUCCACCUGCGCCAUCUGGAGGAUACGCUUCGGGAGGAGGAGGCGGAGGCGGCGGCGGCGGCGGCGGAGGAGGAGGAUAUGCUUCGUCUGGAGGAGGUGGAGGAGGAUCAUCUGGAGGAUACGCCAAGCCUUCUGGAGGAGGCGGAGGAGGAUACGCUUCGGGAGGCGGUGGAGGAGGAGGUGGCGGAUAUGCCAAAUCUUCUGGAGGAGGUGGUGGAUCAUCUGGAGGAGGAUACGCUAAACCAUCAGGAGGAGGAGGAGGCGGUGGAUAUUCGGCUGCUGCGCCACCACCAGCUCCACCACCACCACCACCGCCACCACCGGCUCCAGCACCAGCUCCAGCCCCAUCUGGAGGAUAUUCAUCUGGAGGAGGCGGAGGAGGAUCCUCAGGAGGAGGUUAUUCAUCUGGAGGCGGAGGAGGUGGAGGAUCAUCUGGAGGAGGUUACUCAUCUGGAGGCGGAGGAGGUGGAGGAUCGUCAGGAGGAUAUUCUAAGCCAUCAGGAGGAGGCGGAGGAGGCGGCGGAGGUGGAUACGCAAAAUCAUCUGGAGGCGGAGGUGGAUCAUCUGGAGGAGGAUACACUAAACCGUCCGGAGGAGGUGGAGGCGGAGGCGGAGGAUACUCAGCUUCUGCGCCACCACCAGCUCCACCACCACCCCCACCACCGGCCCCAGCUCCAGCACCAUCAGGAGGAUAUUCAUCUGGAGGAGGCGGAGGCGGCGGAUCGUCAGGAGGAGGUUAUGCUAAAACAACAGGAGGAGGAGGAGGCGGUGGAUACUCAGCUUCUGCGCCACCACCAGCUCCACCCCCACCCCCACCCCCGGCUCCAGCUCCAGCACCAUCUGGAGGAUAUGCUUCAGGAGGAGGCGGCGGAUCUUCAUCAGGAGGAGGUUAUGCUUCAGGAGGAGGCGGCGGAUCUUCAUCAGGAGGAGGAUACUCAUCUGGAGGCGGAGGAGGAGGCGGCGGAUCGUCAGGAGGAUAUGCUAAACCAUCAGGAGGAGGCGGCGGCGGUGGUGGUGGAUAUUCUGCUUCUGCUCCACCCCCACCACCACCACCAGCUCCAGCCCCAGCUCCAGCCCCAGCACCAUCCGGUGGAUACGCUUCAGGAGGAGGAGGCGGCGGCGGAUCUUCAUCAGGAGGAGGUUAUGCAUCAGGAGGAGGCGGAGGAAGUUCAUCUGCAGGAGGAGGAGGUGGCUAUUCUGCCGCUGCUGCUCCACCACCGCCCCCACCACCGGCACCUGAACCAGAACCAGCACCAGCUCCAGCAGGCCCACCAGCAUCAUCAGGAGGCUAUGCUUCCUCAGGAGGAGGCGGAGGCGGCGGAUCGUCAGGAGGAGGAGGAGGAUCAUCUGGAGGUUAUGCUAAACCAUCAGGAGGAGGAGGCGGUGGCGGAUAUUCUGCUGCUGCUCCACCACCAGCACCGGAACCAGCUCCAGCUCCACCACCACCACCAGCUCCAGCUCCAUCCGGCGGAUACGCUUCAGGAGGAGGCGGCGGAUCUUCAUCAGGAGGAGGUUAUGCAUCAGGAGGAGGCGGAGGAAGUUCAUCUGCGGGAGGAGGAGGUGGCUAUUCUGCCGCUGCUGCUCCACCACCACCCCCACCACCGGCACCUGAACCUGAACCAGCACCAGCUCCAGCUCCAGCACCAUCAGGAGGCUAUGCUUCCUCGGGAGGAGGUGGAGGAGGAUCGUCAGGAGGAGGAUAUGCUAAGCCAUCAGGAGGAGGCGGAGGAGGAUAUGCAGCUGCAUCUGCACCACCACCACCCCCACCACCAGCUCCAGCUCCAGCCCCAGCACCAUCCGGUGGAUACGCUUCAGGAGGAGGAGGUGGAUCAUCAGAAGGAGGAGGAGGCGGCGGAUAUUCUGCCGCUGCAGCUCCACCACCACCGCCACCACCAGCUCCAGCUCCAGAACCAGCACCCGCUCCAGCUCCAGCACCAUCCGGUGGAUACGCUUCAGGAGGAGGAGUUGGAGGAGGGUCAUCCGGAGGAGGAUACGCUACAUCUGGAGGAGGUGGAGGAGGAUCAUCGGGAGGCUACGCUUCUGCAUCAGCCCCACCACCAGCCCCAGCUCCUGAACCAGCCCCAGCCCCAGCACCAGCUCCAGCUCCAUCCAGCGGCGGAUACUCAAGUGGAUCAUCAGGAGGAGGAGGAGGCGGAGGAUCGUCAGGUGGAUACUCAGGAGGAUCUGCAGCCCCACCACCACCACCGUCACCACCGCCACCACCGCCACCAGCUCCAGCUCCAGCACCAUCUAGCGGAGGUUAUUCUGGAGGAUCAUCGAGCGGAUCAUCAGGAGGAGGAGGAGGAGGAGGAUCUUCAGGUGGAUAUUCCGGCGGAUCUGCAGCCCCACCACCAGCACCUGAGCCAGCUCCAGCUCCACCCCCACCACCGCCACCACCGCCACCAGCUCCAGCUCCAGCUCCAGCUCCAGCUCCAGCACCAUCUAGCGGAGGUUACUCUGGAGGAUCAUCGAGCGGAUCAUCAGGAGGAGGAGGAGGAGGAUCUUCAGGAGGAUAUUCCGGCGGAUCUGCAGCUCCACCACCACCACCAGCCCCUGAACCAGCCCCAGCUCCACCACCACCACCGCCACCACCGCCACCACCGCCACCAGCUCCAGCUCCAGCUCCAGCUCCAGCUCCAGCACCAUCUAGCGGAGGUUACUCUGGAGGAUCAUCGGGCGGAUCAUCAGGAGGAGGAGGCGGAGGAUCGUCAGGAGGAUAUUCCGGCGGAUCUGCAGCCCCACCACCACCACCAGCCCCUGAGCCAGCUCCAGCUCCACCCCCACCACCGCCACCACCGCCACCAGCUCCAGCUCCAGCUCCAGCUCCAGCUCCAGCACCAUCUAGCGGAGGUUACUCUGGAGGAUCAUCGGGCGGAUCAUCAGGAGGAGGAGGCGGAGGAUCGUCAGGAGGAUAUUCCGGCGGAUCUGCAGCCCCACCACCACCACCAGCCCCUGAGCCAGCUCCAGCUCCACCCCCACCACCGCCACCACCGCCACCAGCUCCAGCUCCAGCUCCAUCCGGCGGAGGAUAUUCUGGAUCUUCUGGUGGUGCCGCUGCAGGAGGAGGAUCAUCAGGAUACUCUGGAAGCCGCGCUGCUCGUCUCCGUUCCUAA